AUGUGGAGUUCAACAUCUUACACCAAUGCGAUGCCUCUCCCACUUUUGUGCUUCCCAUACCUCGUAUUGAAAAAUAUUCUUCUGCAGAUGAAUCCACAUGACAUGGUCGCAUUAUCAUUUUGCUCAAAGAAAGCAUCAGGCUAUGUCAAAAGUGCAAUAAGACGACAAUACUCGUUGUCAAUAGAGUUUGAUAGCGAUAAUGAAUUCGAUAUAACCAUUUACCGCAACGCGUGUCCAGAAGUAAAGGGUAUCAUAAGCGUUGGUGCAAUGAACGAAAGAUCUAGAAAGAACAGUCUUUGUCGCUGGUCGAAUAACGUUCUGUUUGAUGGAUUUGAAAUUGCAAUUCAAUUGAUGGAUUUGUGCUCUAUCCAAAGUAUUGGUAGACUGGAUCUUAAUCUUGAAAAACAAGAAGAAGUUGAAUACGUUACCAAAUGGUUAUCCAACAUAUUCGUUGAGAAAUGUUCAAUAUCUACAAAGAAUCCUGUCAAAAGUUUCAGUGUGACUCGAUUUUUGGAGAGUGUUCAAGUCUCAAAAGCAUUAUCUGUAGACUUGGAGACUCUAGACGAGUUGGUUUAUGAGAGGGUGUUUGAUUUGGAUGAAAUCAUCAUACCAGGAACAUUGAGGAAUUUACUGGAUAUGAAUUGUGCCAACAUACAUCUGUAUGGGCCUUUGCAAAUUCCGCUUCCUCUCGACCAAUAUGCCCCUCCGCCAAGUCAAUUUGCUUCUGAACAUGACGGAGAAUCGAUUCCAGACUCACAAAAAGAUUCAGGGUCGAUGGUAAAGAAGCUCUUCAAGAGUAGGAAACAACUGUUGGAAACGCCUGUCAAGAAAGUUCCCAUCUCGAGAACCCGGGCAACAAAACCAAAGAAUAUCACGAAGGAACAAUUUGGAGAAAUUAGCUUUAACGAUGCCCCACUCAGAGUUCUUAACAAGUCAAAUGGGAAACUGGACGUAGCUGUGAUGAAAUGUUGUGCAGGAAAGUUGGUCUGGGCGUUUGAAGAAGGUCGAAUGAUUCUUAAAAUGUGUAAUCGAUGUGUGGACCUCAAUAGAGGUUAUGCAAGAAUUUUAAAUUGA